ACAGCUACUCUGCACAUUAGAGAGGGAACUCAUAUGCAAAGGAAGCCUCUGAGUGCAUGAAGAGAGAGAGAGAGAGAGAGAGAGAGAGAGAGAGAGAGAGAGAGAGAGAGAGAGAUGUAAAAACAACGCCUUCUGCAUUCACAGCUGAAUGGAGGAUCCACUCAUGAACAGAUGCAACUAAAACGCUCCUUUCUUAACUGGGUGGAUUGUUUCUGAGUGAAAGUUGUCUAUCGGUGAACUGACAAGACAGAAUGUCACGACGGGACCAGAGGUUUCGGAGAGGAAUGAAAGGACGGUGUUGUGAAUGUGGCUGCAUCCUGUCUAACUGGUACUAUGAAAGAGAGGGACAGCUCUACUGUAAGAAGCACUACUGGGCCCGUUAUGGAGAACACUGCCACGGCUGCAAAGAGACCAUCGCAACAGGACUGAUUAUGGUUGCUGGAGCGCAGAAGUACCACCCUGAAUGCUUCACUUGUAUGAGCUGUGAAAUGGUCAUUGGAGAUGGAGACACCUACACGCUAAUCGAACGCACAAAACUAUACUGUGGCCACUGUUUCUGUCAGGGUGAAAUAUCAGCUGUGAGGUCAGCUUCUCCACUCACCAAGAGUCGCCACAUGGUGGCGCUGGUGUCUCUCCCUCCCCAUGCAGGUGGCCAACGAGGCCUGACAGUAGCCACUGACUUCAGCCAAGAAAAAAGCCCACUUGUCACCGUGACAAGGUUAGACUCUGCUGCCCUCAGCCCUGACCUGCUGUCCUCUAUCCACACUGGAGACCGAGUACUGGAGGUCAACGGCAUCCCUGUCCACAACAUUUCCCCAGAAGAGAUAAACUUUGUGAUCCAGGACACAAACAGACCAUUGCAGCUGACAAUUGAACACAACCCGCAGUCUCCUGGUGACCUCCUUCGCUCAAACAAUCCCCAGGACGACAUCAGCUGUCCUGACCCUUGUGUCCGCGACAAACUUUCUUCAACCCACAAACUCCCGAGUCUGGUGGAAGAGCCAAGUCCAGGGGAGGAGACAGAUGAACCAAUCAGGUUGAGCCUCUCACAGCCUCAGCACCAAGGAACCACGGGAAUGCGAUCCAGACACAUCCUGCGCAGCUGUAGUAUAGACAAGUGUCCUCUGUCCUCCGGAGCGCUGUCGCUUUUAAGGAGAGACAUGGUUCGCUCAGAGUCUCUUCGUGUGGACCCUGGAGUUCGGACCCAUCGCAUCUUCAGACCUUCAGACCUUAUCCAUGGAGAAGUGCUUGGCAAGGGCUUCUAUGGACAGGCUGUCAAGGUAACGCAUCAAGAGACAGGGGAGGUGAUGGUGAUGAAAGAGUUGAUACGUUUUGACGAAGAGACACAGAAGACUUUCUUAAAGGAAGUGAAGGUGAUGCGCUGUCUGGACCAUCCCAAUGUCCUAAAGUUCAUUGGACUGUUUUAUAAAGACAAACGAAUAAACUUUGUCUCUGAAUACAUCCAGGGAGGAACUCUCCGAGAGACCAUCAUAAAAAUGGACAAUGACUUUCCCUGGAGAUUAAGAGUGAGUUAUGCCAAAGACAUUGCAGCUGGAAUGGCCUAUCUACACUCCAUGAAUGUCAUCCACCGAGAUCUAAACUCACACAACUGCCUGGUCAGAGAGAACCAAUCUGUGGUGGUGGCAGAUUUUGGACUAGCCAGGCUGGUGACAGAGGACAGACAUCAGAGCAGAACAUCCUCUCUGGAAAGGCCUGUGAAGGGGACACUGCCAGAGCUCCGCAGGCCUGACCGGAGGAAGCGCUACACUGUGGUAGGAAACCCCUACUGGAUGGCUCCUGAAAUGAUCCAUGGGAAAAGCUAUGAUGAACGGGUGGACAUAUUUUCCUUUGGUAUCAUAAUAUGUGAGAUAAUAGGUAGAGUGAAUGCUGACCCUGACUACCUUCCCCGGUCGAAUGACUUUGGGCUAAAUGUAGCCGGUUUCCUGCAGCAGUACCACCCUCCACAGUGCCCCUCGGCCUUCUUGCCGCUGGGUGUCCUCUGCUGUGAAACGGACGCUGAUAAACGUCCUUCCUUUUUAAAGCUGGGGGAGUGGCUGGAGAACCUGCUGAUGCACCUGGACAUCAGUCUGCCUCUGCUCUCAGAGUUAGAGCAGGUCCGCAGAGCCUUCUGGCAGAAUCACAGCCACCUAAACCACUCUCACAACCAGGACAAGACCCUUGAUUCUCACAAUCAACAAACCCACAAUUCAUCACAGCCACAAAGACAGAGCCCCGACCCCGAGCAACAUUUGGAAAAUGCAAAUAACUACAUAAAGCCUAAUGACCUCACUCAGAGCCAAAACCAGUAUAGCACACCUGAUAGCCAUUCAGACGGAGAGCAACACACACAUGACAGGACUGAGCAUGGCCACUCCUGUUCAAGCAGAGAAAGUACAGACCACUCACAAGACAAGAGCCAGACGUUUUGCACGUCUACGAGCACAGACUCAGGCGAGAAUGAGUCUGAAACCUAUGAACGCGAUAACCUCUCAGGACAACCAAAAGCCCAGGACGAGCCCUCACAACCGCUCCAGGUCAACAACUCACUGCUAGGCCCUUCUAACAGGCCCAGAAGGACAUGCAGAGCGCUGUGGGACAUAUCUACAGAGGACAGCUGUUUUCUCUGACUGCUUCAUCUGAUGGCCAAGACAGGGUACAUCUACAAAGCACAGUUUCAAAGGAUAAAACACUUUAAAAAGACCUUUGUGCAUUUUUAAAACAACUGGGAGAGAAGAAAAAGAAUCAUAUAGCUGUAUGUGGAGGACUAAUGCAUGAAGAACCUGUUGCAGAGGCAUAGAAAUUAGAUUAAUAUGGGAUAUUUUACAUGAAAAGCAGUAAAGACGUGUAUGUUACUUGAUGACAACUGCCUAGCAAAUUACAUUUGCUUCGUAUUGUUCUCUGAACCAGUAUUUAUAUGGUUUCAACAAGAGCCCGGACAAUACUGGAUUUAGUUGAUACCCAUAUUGACAUUUUAGAGUUCAAUAUUAAUCCAAUAGCAGUCUAUAUAAAGGCUAUAUUGGCUGGUAUUUAUUUAUUAACAUAAGCAGAUAACAGAAAAACAUUUUGAUAAGGAUUCCUUAAAUUCCACAGAUUGUCAGUGCACUCUGGUGGACAAACUAGGUAAUUGCGACAUUGUUUCUUAAAGGGGUGAUAGAAUGAUUAUAUAGGGUAUUUCACACUGUUCCUUAAGGUCUCCUAAUGGGGUAUGUAACA